GUGAUCAGUGGGAGUGGCUCGUCGUGAGAUAGAUACCUUUUACUGAGACGUUAGCAGCCACAGGCAGGUAAUCUGUACCUGUGCAGAGAAGGUUUGGAGGAACAGAGCAGAUCUGUUUCGUCUGUUUUGCGCCAACGGGACUGCGACGUUUUAUGUUGUUUCUUUUUGCGCGUGAACUACUGGAGUCGAGAAUUUUGGACAUAUUGUGCACGAGAAGGAUUUAACAGUCUGCUGUAUUUACGAGAAAUGGAUUCCAACGGCAUUGCUGAGAAACAAUGUUUGGAGGAUGACAAGGACCUGCAGUUCCUGAGGAGUGGUGGAAAUCUUUUGAAGGUCCGCUCGGGUUCAUGGAAAAAGCCACGCUACUACAAACUCCAGGACGACUGCAAGACCCUGUGGCAUGAAUCCAAAAAGACCCUGAAGUCCAAACAGACAUUCUCUGUUGAGGACAUCGAGGAGGUGCGAACAGGUCGGCAGACGGACAGUUUGAAGAAGCACACAGAGGAGUCUGUGGAGGGUCGAGCGUUCUCCAUCUUGUUUAAGAGCCAACAGAAGAGCCUGGACCUGAUCGCCAGCUCUGAGGAAGAAGCCAAGAAGUGGGUUGAUGGCUUGGAGAAAGUCAUCUCAAAUAUGAAGAACCUCACUCCGCAGAAGAAAACGGAGCACUGGAUCUACAGCUGUAUGCGUAAAGCAGAUCAAAACUUUGAUAACAAGAUCAGUCAGAAAGAGCUGAAGAGCUUUCUACGAGACAUCAACAUUGAGGUGGAUGAAGACUAUGCUGCAAUGCUCUUUCAGAAAUGUGACAAAUCACAGUGCGGAUUCCUAGAGGGCGAGGAGAUUGAGCAUUUCUAUGAAAUCCUGACCCAAAGAGAGGAGAUUGAGGUCAUCUAUGGAGCGUAUGCAAAGACAGACGGUCUUAUGAGCGCCGCUGACCUGCUGAACUUCCUGUUGAACGAACAGAGAGAGGACGCGUCUCCGAAUGAUGCCCUUCAGCUUAUUGAGAAAUAUGAGCUUGAUGAAAAUGCCAAAGCCCAACAGCAAAUGACAAAAGAUGGCUUCCUGAUGUACUUGCAACAGCCAGAGGGGCUGAUCUUUAACCCGGCUCAUAAAAGUGUUUACCAGGACAUGAACCAGCCUCUCAACCAUUACUUCAUCUCCUCCUCUCACAACACAUACCUGCUGGAGGACCAGCUCAAAGGACCCAGCAGCACCGAGGCGUACAUAAAAGCGCUUCUCAAGGGCUGCCGCUGUGUGGAGUUGGACUGCUGGGAUGGAUCAGAUGGAGAGCCGGUCAUUUAUCAUGGAUACACUCUCACCUCCAAGAUCCUCUUCAAAGAUGUGAUCAAAGCCAUUAAAGAAUAUGCUUUUAAGACGUCCGAGUAUCCUGUGAUCCUGUCUUUGGAGAACCACUGCAGUGUGGAGCAGCAGAAGAUCAUGGCUCAGCACUUGAUCUCCAUCCUGGAUAGUGCUCUGGUCACCAAACCCCUCAGAGAUCAGAUGCCCACGUGCCUCCCUUCCCCAGAGGAGCUCAAAGGCCGGUUCAUAGUCAAAGGGAAAAGACUAGACAAACUUGAGGACAUGUUUUCAGAGGAGUCCAAAACAGCAGAGGAAGACAGUGUAACAGAGGAAGAAGAUGAUGAAGGGGACCAAGAAGACCAGGAAAAGAAGUCUACUAAAACAAAGUCGCUGAAGUUGGCGAAGGAGCUGUCUGAUAUGGUGAUCUACUGCAAAAGUGUCCACUUCCGAGGGUUUGAGGAUUCCCGGGACAAGCAGUCCUUUUAUGAGAUGGCCUCCUUCAAAGAGGGAGAAGCUGUGAAUCUGGCGGAGGAAUCAGCAAACGAUUAUAUCCAUCACAACACAGACAAACUCAGCCGGAUUUAUCCAGCAGGACUGAGGACGGACUCCUCAAACUAUAACCCUGUGCCUCUGUGGAACGCAGGCUGUCAGAUAGUGGCCCUUAACUUCCAGACCCCCUGCCCAGAGAUGGAUCUGAAUCAGGGGCUCUUUCUCCAAAAUGGACGGAGUGGUUAUAUCCUCAAGCCUUCUUUCCUACGAGACCAAGACACUAAGUUUGACCCCAUCACUCUCCCCGAGGGACCGUGGUUAAAGAAUAAGUCUCUUCAUCUGAUGGUGAUCUCAGCCCAGCAGUUACCCAAAGUGAGUAAAAGGAAGUCCUCUAUUGUUGAUCCCAUUGUGAAAGUGCAGAUCUACGGUGUGCCAGCUGAUACGACUGUGGUGGAAACGCAGUACAUUCAGAAUAACGGCUUCAACCCCAUGUGGAAUGAGAACUUCCAGUUUAAUGUGCGAGUGCCAGAUCUAGCCCUCGUGCGCUUUUUGAUUGAGGACUACGACUCCACUUCCAACAAUGAAUUCAUUGGCCAGUAUACACUUCCCUUCAACAGCCUAAAGAACGGAUAUCACCAUGUGCCACUGCUCACUGAGAAAGGAGACCACCUUUCCUCCGCUGGGCUUUUCGUUCAUAUCAUGGUUGUGGAUGCUGAAUAACAUGAUGGUGUCUGAGAUGAUCUUAUGUGGCUUUAUUCAACAGCGCAGACAUCUCAAAAGGUCGGCAAAAAAUGAGGCAGCUUGAUUCUUAUGGGUAAAUGAGAAAUCGUGGGAAUAGAGCAACUUUUCUAAAGGUGCGAAAUGAUGGUCUCACAUAACAAUAACGCUUUUGUACUUUUUACAAUUUGUAACAACAUUUAUAUUUUUUAGUAUGCCAAAUAAAUGAUUUAAUAUUGAGUGUCAGCCUUUAGUCUUAGUUAAACUGAGCACUGUUUUUAGUAGAUUUUAGCAGAGGAAUAAUUUGAUUGGGAUUACAAAUAAGACCACUCCAUCCUCUGGGUAGUUUCUCUAGAUAAUGUUUUAAGCCUGCAUUAGAGGUUGUAUUUUUGUCUUAUGUAGUUCCUUAUAACAUCUGAUUAAUGUUUUUAUUAAAUGAGGUAAUCAAUUGUCGUAUUUUUGGCUGAUACUAAUAAAAUCAGUGAUUCCGAUAAAACAUUACCAACUGUAUGCAUCCAUGUAAAGGUGAAAUAAAUGUAAGUUAUUCAAAACUGUAGUGCUCAAGUACUUUUUGUUCGGUAAUUGCUUCAACCAGGCAUGGAGAAACUGUGAUACAACAUAAUAUUAUUGUAAUAAUCAUCAGGAUCAGUCCUGUUAGAUCUGGCAGUUUAGACCUCUACAAAGCUUUAUUAGCGUGGACAUCCAGGCCACAUGAAAGCAGAACCACCACCACAUUACUUUGGUAACAUCACUGAACUUCCUAUUUGGCAGCAGCUGAAUUGAGAAUUUGAAAGAGUAUCACUUCAUAUUAUGAAUAUGUCCAACCUUUUAAACCAUGUUAUGAUAAAGCACAUUAAAUAUUUAAGACUAUGCACUUUUUGAUCUUGUGAUUCCUUUGUAUGGGUGGUCUGUCGUUCUUUUAAUCGUCACGCUGAAGAAUGUGAUCAUCAGGAUUUACAAACUUGUAGAGUUCAUACAGCUCUCCAUUAAAUCAAAAGAAAACACCACAUACGAAAGACAUUCAUAAUUCAACCCCAAUGUACUGAAAUCGUAAAGCUUUUUUGUUACUGGCAUUUACACUUAUUUUCUAAUGAAGAAAUUACAAGGUUUUAAGGUGACAAACUUGUUUACAAUAAUAAAACCCAAUUACUAAGCAAACUAAAGCUAAACUAAAAUCUCUCAACCAUUUAAGAUAUGCUAAAUUACCUAUUUGCUUAGGCAAAAUGGUAAGACCUGAGGAUAAUUAACCUUUAGCACACUGCAAUAUAAAAGAAGUCAAAUAGAAGUCAUGGUGUUGUUUUUUUAAAAAGGUGCUUUAAUAGAACACGUCAGAGUCCGGAAGAAAACUUACGACAACCAUGAAUCAAUUCAGCUUGAAAUCUAGUCCAAACAUCAGCACUGUACAGCCUUUCCAAACUGAUUUCAAACCCCCGAGUCAAUCCGUGGCCCAUUUAAAGUGUCUUGUAUGGCUUACUGAAAAACAUAUCAAAGAAAAUAAGGCAUCAUUUAACUGGAUGUAACCACUUGAGAUAU